UGUUGAUACCCGGCGAGGCCUCUGUCCGACGCAGUCUGUGCGUAACCAUCGCGUCGACAGUGUUUCUCGUCGUACGUGACCGACAUUUGGAUUACGCGCGCGACGCCGGUUUGUGCGCGCCUCGCAUUGUCUCGUGUCACCAUCUCGUCACUCGGUCGGACACACGCGAAAAGGCAAUCGUCGUCGCAAAGAAUUUCCGAUUCCGAUCAUGGACGGCGAGAUCGCUGCCUCCGCCGCCGUCACAAUCGAUGAAAUGGAACCCGCCAAGGUCCAGUUGAAUUUGAACGUCGAGGAAGCCGCGGGUGGUUGCGGUAGCGAUAGCGGUGUAGACGUGACGCCGGCAGUGUCAUGCGACUCGAGCCUGGCGUCGGGUUGUUACGAUCCGUGCAAGAGCCCGCUGGGACCAUUCAGCCCCACCGAAACCGGCGGCCCGUCCUCAUUGCCUUGUUACCCGACCAACGUCGGCUAUAGCAGGCCUUCCACACCGACUUGGCGCAGGUCCGCCGACCGUCAGCCAUGCAAGUUACCGAGCAGUAUGUCGUCGUCGUUCCACUUCGAGACGGCCAGGAACAGCCCGCCCCGAACCGAGUCGCCGAAGAGAACCGACCUGAAUGCGGCGGCCAAACAGUCCAAGGUAUCGACGGUCAAGAAGUUGGUCAGCACGUACGACAUGGUCAAAUCGCUGGACAAGUUCGCCACGUUGCCAAGGCGCAGGAGGAAAUCCAAGGAAAACCUCGCGGUCACUGGCGCCACACCAUCAGCUGGCACCGCGGUCGUCCCCUCAGCGCCCAGAGAACCCAGUCUGAACCGGGCGGCCAGUCUUAGGAGAAAGCACAUCGAACAGGGUGCACUCGCCCACCUAAACAGUGGUGGAGGUGGUAGUAGUAGUAGUAGUAGUGGUACUAAUACCGGUAUAUCAUCGCCAGUGAAACCAUCUCUUCCGAAAGCCACCAGGCCGCCGCCGGUUACCGCCAGGACAAAGAUAUACCACGAGGUAUGCUCGCAGACUUGCCUGACUGGCGAAGACAUCACCAAUGUGCUAUCGGGCAGUAUAUUGCCAGCAAUCGAAAACAGGGUUGAAACUAAUGACGCUGGAGUACAGGUCGAUUUAGUGGAAAAAAGGAUCAAUGCACUUGAGACUGAGCUAAAGAAAAAGACUGAACAAUUAGACUAUAGAACAAAAGAAUGCGAGGAACAACGGGAGUUAGUUCUACAAUUACAAGAACAGGUCCUACGUGAUGAUAUGAACACAACUAGAAAUCUUGAUGCUUAUAAUUUGCAUGUAUGCAAUAUUUUUAAUAUAAAUGAUUGUUUAGAUCCAUCACCCGAAAAUGUCUUAGAUUUGUUACAAAAUCACAGGACAACCACUAACGCAUUGAUUAAUGAACAGCAAAGAGAACUCAACGACCUUAGGACUCUUUGUGCUUCUUUACAUAGAGAUUUGGAAAAAAGCUAUGCGGCUCAAAAAUCACUUUUGCAAGCCAAUCAAGCCUCUGAAAUGGAAUCUUCAGAAAUUCGAGACUUUUUGCAAGCUGAGAAGGCUAUGCUAUCAGACACAAUUAAGGAACUAGAAAAAGAAGUCAAGGAUUAUAAAGAACAAUUGGCUGUAAAAGGAAAAGAGGCUUCCAAAACUAUGGAGCAAUGUACACAUUUAGUAAGGAUAUCUGAACAACGAAGACAAGAGAAUUUGUCUCUACAAGCAAAAAUGCGUGUAAUGGAAAAUAAAAGUCGUGAAUUGUUACAACAACAAGAUACGACUGUAUCAAGUGCUGUCGUUGGUUUGUCUGGAUUAGGCAGUCGUCUCGAUGCACUGUUGGAUAGACUCGUCAAAUCCUAUUCCAUUUCAGAAGCUGAUAUCGAAGAUGAAGUAUACUUCAAUGAAGCAUACACAAAUGGAGACAGUAGCAGUGAUUCUGAACAACUUAAUGGUUCAUCAAAUAAGUCUGACUCAAAAAGCCUUAUGUCUGCUAUUGUUUCUGCUAUUAAAUCAGCACCAACUAAUUGGCAUAAAGGAAAAUUUGAUAAAAACCUUGCGGCCAACACAAAUUCACAUGAAUCUCCUAUUAAUUCUCCUAUGAAACGUCUACAAACAUCAGAAUCUAUGAAAGAACUGCAAAGAACAUAUUCUCCCGUUGGUAAACGAAACGGAUCAACCAGUGAUCUAUUAUCACAAACUAAUUCCUUAGACGAUUGUAGUGAUUUACAAUCGGCCGAAAGUGAAUCCUUGAAUAAUCUAUCAGAGGCCAUAGUCGCCAGACAACAAUUGGAGUUGAGCAUGAACAAUACUAGCAAUGGAAACUUUGACUUUGAAUUUUUGGAGGACUUCCGAGCACCAGAUGCUGAUCUCUUAGACCAAGUGAUUGAUUUAGACAAUACGGUCACCAAGUUGUUAAAAGUUAUCACUCUUGUUCAGACGAAUGGUAAAGAACAACCUCUGCAUUCAGAAAGACAUGAAAUCAAACACACAAACGGUGUCAAUGAUAAAAGCAGACAGUGUUCCUCGCAGUCCCCAUUGAUGACACAUGACAGUGAUGAAUCGAGUUAUAAACUGCCACCAAUAGUGCCUAUGCAGGAACUAAACUCAAGCUCACCAAAAGCUUUAAAUGGAAUAUUGUGAUGACUAAUUUUAAUUUUUACACUUUACAUGUGUGUUUUAUUUUUUUUUUCUAUGUAUAAAUAUUACAUUAAUAUUAUUUUAACCAUCUAUUAUUAUAUAAUAGAAUAUUAUAUUUGUUUAAA